GUCAAUGCGAUAUAGGUGGUGCCAUUGGCAUGGCAUGCAAUGACAUAUCGGGACAGUGCCAGUGUCGGAGGAAUAUCAUUGGCCGUAAAUGCACCGAGCCUGCACUUGGCUACUACUUUCCCACUCUGCACCAGCUGAAGUUUGAGGUGGAGGAUGGUACCUCACCAAAUUCCAGACCAGUACGCUUUGGUUAUAGCUCCCAGGAGUUCCCAGACUUCAGCUGGAGAGGUUACGCUGUGAUGUCCCCCGCACAGACUGAAGUCAGAGUAACAGUGCAUGUUGAGCCGAAAGAUGGGAGGCAGCAUUUGUUCCGUGUGGUUCUGCGGUUCAGUAACCCCAGCAGCACCCGUGUGAUUGCUAGCAUCAAGGCGACCAAUAGCAGAGGCACUCCAGGGUCAGAACAGAGUAAAGAAGUAAUAUUUCCCGUUAGUCCGUCCCCAUCCUUCCUCACCGUGCCUGGAGACGGCUUUGCUGAGCCUUUUGAAUUGACUCCUGGGACAUGGAUCAUGCACAUAAGAGCAGAAGGAGUUCUCCUGGACUACUUAGUGUUACUACCCCAGGAUUACUAUGAAGCGCCUCUCCUGCAGGAAAAGAUCACUCAACCAUGCACAUAUUUACCCACCGCAAACAAGGAUGAAAACUGUCUGUUGUAUAAGCACAUAGCCCUGGAUGGCUUCAGCUCCGCACUGGGCUCACAGGGAAAAUUCACAACCCGGCGUGGGCGCAAGAGGAGGCAGGCUCGUGUGCGGCGUCUCACCCCUGAUCACCCUGAAAUGGCUGCUCUCAAUGGGAGACAGUCUCAGCUGCAGCUUAGCCUGCCUGUACCUGAUUCUGGGCCAUAUAUGCUUAUUCUGGAGUAUGCCAGCGAGGUGGACACUGUCCAAAAUGUCAACAUACUCAUCAGUGGACAAUCAGUUGACCCGGUUAUGGGCAGGGCUAAUAUUUACAGCUGUGCCUUCAGCAAUCUGUGUCGAAGUGUGGCGGUGGACAACAGAAACCAAGUAGCAGUGUUUCAGCUGAGUCACAGGACUGAAGUUCUCUUGCAGACCUCCACAGCAUCAUUCCUUCUGUAUAAAGUGUACGCGGUUCCUGCAGAUGAGUUCUCCAUUGAGUAUGUAGACCCUAAAGUCCUGUGCGUCUCCACUCACGGUCGCUUCACCGAAGACACGUAA